AUUAUUUACAUAGUAUAUUACGUGAUUCAACUUAUAUUUUAUUACGAUAUAUUGAACAGAAUAGUCAAAAAAAAUAUCUGAAAAUUUAUCAACAAGAAUUAAAUGAUAAAAUUCUAAAUAUAAUCUGUAAACUUCUUCAUCAAUUAUGUAUCAAAGGACUUGAUUUUGAUUCAUUAAUUUAUCUUCAUCAUAUUCCAGAUAUUGUUUCAACAUUAAUUAAUUAUGAUCAACAUUUGACAAAAGAACGUAUUCAAAGAAUUUUAAUACAUAUUUAUCAAGUUAUUAAACAUAAUAAUGAUUCAAUAUAUAUUUUUAUGUCUUAUGCAAUCGAUAAAUUGUAA